AUGGCUCGUACCAAGCAAACUGCGCGUAAGUCGACUGGUGGAAAGGCUCCACGUAAACAACUGGCUACCAAAGCCGCCCGUAAGAGUGCACCAGCCACCGGAGGAGUCAAGAAACCUCAUCGUUACCGUCCUGGAACAGUAGCUCUCCGUGAAAUUCGUCGCUACCAGAAGAGCACAGAACUUCUCAUCCGUAAAUUACCAUUUCAACGUCUGGUUCGUGAAAUCGCUCAAGAUUUCAAGACUGAUCUCCGAUUCCAGAGCUCAGGCGUGAUGGCCCUCCAGGAAGCCAGCGAAGCCUACCUCGUUGGUCUUUUUGAAGACACCAAUCUCUGUGCCAUCCACGCCAUGACUGGUCGUGGUAAGGGAGGAAAAGGAUUGGGAAAAGGAGGAGCCAAGCGGCAUCGUAAAGUUCUUCGUGAUAACAUCCAGGGUAUCACUAAACCAGCUAUCCGUCGUCUGGCUCGUCGUGGUGGAGUCAAGCGUAUCUCCGGUCUGAUCUACGAAGAAACCCGUGGAGUUCUCAAGGUCUUCCUUGAAAACGUUAUCCGUGACGCAGUUACCUACACCGAGCACGCUAAGCGUAAGACUGUCACCGCCAUGGACGUUGUCUACGCUCUGAAACGUCAAGGCCGUACUCUCUACGGUUUUGGAGGCUAAUUUUAUCACUCGACCCAGCAAUUCAUUAAACCAAACGGCCCUUUUCAGGGCCACCAAAUUUUUCAUACGUAAAAAGUAAAUCGAGUUUUAUUCUUAAAUAUUAUUGAUUGCAUCAUUUGUUCUGUAUUUGCUCACUAUUCUAUGUAACCAAUUUAUGAACCCUAAUUAUCUUGAAUAAUAAAACUACAAAAGAACGCCUUAAUAAACAAACGGUAUAUUUUAUCAUCGACAUAUCUACCUACAGUACAUCUAAAAUGCAUUAUUUGAGUUGUAUCAUGGAAAAUUUGCCUUAUUCCGAUUAAAAACCCA